GCUGGAUGUGGUAACAACGCUGUUGACUUUGCUUUUUAUUCACUGGGUUCUGCGCAAUUGAAGCUCAGGUGUAGCGAACGUCCAGCAGAAAAAGACGUCUCACGUCUCAAAAGCUUUGAAAUCAGAGCCUUACCCGCCCAAGAAAAAUCUAUUCCUACGUUGUGAACGCAUACCUGCUAGGUAUGGUUGAUAAUGGCGCCACCGUUAGCACGACGAUCUGGCCGGCUCCGCAGAGCUGCCCGCAAGUACACAGAUGACGCUUUUCAAGCCGUAGGACUAAGUCCGGAUAACUCUGGAUCUGAGCAUCUGGCGGCCGAAGAGCUCCAAAAUGCUCAUGCGUCGGAUGAAGACUUUGUAAUGGGUGAGGAUAACGAACAAGCUGCUGCUGAGGAGGAAGAUGAUUUCGAUGAUGAAACAGGCUCUGUUGUAGGGUUAACUUUUGAUAAAACAGAGCAGGCUGAGCGCAAGCUGCUAGCCAAACUAGAUAGGGACAUGACACAUUCCCGAGGGUUGCUUAAACCUGCUGAGCAUACCGCAAAGAAUACACAGUUGAAAUUGACAUUCGGAACUGGUGCUGAGGACCUCCUUCCAGCUAUUUACGCAAGGGAUCGCUGGGCUUAUGGGAGAGAUUCAACUUUUCCAAGUGCAGAGAGUUUUCAGGGUGCGCAAAGAACCAGCCCAUAUGGGGUAGGUGGGUUAUUUUGCUACCCCAGCUUUAAAAUGGAGUUUGAAUCUACCGAGGCGUGGGAUUGGUAUUACGAUAGCUCCAUCGGAGGCUGUCUUCUGAGGAAUCAGCAGAUAAGGGCCCUGGAAGAGAAUGUGGGGCGAGAGUACUUUCCCAAGGAUGGAGAUAAGAGGCAUACCGUUUUGGUUGGGCCCCCGGGCAAACAGAAGGAAUUUCACUUGGGACUCCAUGAAUUUUUUGAUUUCGGGGUGGUUUGGGAACCACCAAACCCGAAAGCGGGUAAGAGUGGCAGGUCAAAAAAUCCCGAUGCGCGGUCCCACGGUUCGCUGGGCGACAAUGCUAAGGAUGCUCACGCAAUGCCAGAGAUGGAGAGGUUCAGGGAAGGUUGGAUUCUAAACUUUGGAAGUAAGAUACAAUGUGCUGCAUGGGCUCCAAACUGCAGUGGCACGACCCAGUAUCUUGCGGUAGUCGUCCCGCUUCCAGAAUCGCAGAAGGCCGCGGAGUGUGAUAUAAACCUCACUGGGGCUCCUGCUUUUACUCCCUCGCCGCCAUAUCCAGCCGCGAUUCAAAUUUGGGCCUUUGAAGCCAAACAAAGCGAAGAAGUUUUCCCUCGACCUUUAGAUAUGUCUAUUGAGCCCCGAUUGCGAUUAGUUUUAUGCACCAGAUUUGGCGAUGUGAAGCGCCUUUGUUGGUGUCCUAUGCCACGAAAACCUCGCUCAAGCCACAUAGAAGGGAAAGAAUCGAUCAAUCUUGGUCUCUUAGCGGGAAUCUGGGGAGAUGGAAGUGUCAAAGUUUUGGAUGUGAAUAUCGAAAAAAAUUCACCGACCACGCAAUGGGCAAAAGUUGAAAGCCCGGUGUUCCAGGCGAAACCUCCGUCAACACUGUGUACAUGUCUCACUUGGCUUUCUCCGGGUGACCUGGCUGUUGGUUGUGCAAAUGGAUUCAUUGCGGUCUGGAGCCUCCCUGCAUCCUGCGGCAAAUCGGAAUCAAACCCUGUGCCAUAUAUAUAUACUCCAAUUCACACUGCCUACAUUCUUAAUGUCGUUUCGGCUUAUCCAAACCACCCGUACCUCCUUGCUUCCAGCAGUAUAGACGGCCAAAUGAAGCUCUGCUCUCUUGUCGACCCUCUGGUUGAUAUCGCCGAAGCGAUCAGAACACGAAUGGGGACGCUAAAUCUAUCAUAUUCACCAUUCUUUCAAGCAUUUGUGACGACGGAUGAAGCAGACUUUGUUCGUUUGCAGCCAGUUCGCCGUUUCUUUUCGACAAUCUCUGUCCUUCGUUCUACAUCAAGUGUAACUGCGAUUGCACCUUGUAGCCCAUGCCACCCUACAAUCCUGGUAGGUACCGCAGGCGGUCUAGCUAUGGCGACUAACCCACUUCGAAGGCUCCUCAACCCAAAAAACAAACAUUUCCAGCAAACUUGGUUCUCACAUGAGUGGGUUCUCGCGAGGGAUACCAAGAGUGAAGAACGACUCGGCGUCAGUAGAUUCUAUGACGGUUUCAAGGCAGAAAGCCCGAACCUUCUAAGAAGUGCUACGCAAGGAAAGAUAUCGAGCAAUAUGAUGACCAUAUAUGAGGAGGAGACGGGCAUCACCGUCCUUGCUCACAACCCUAAUGACCAUUGCGGAGGAUGGGCAUGCGCAGGGUUAGGAUGCGGGCUGCUGCGGGUGGAAGACCUAACCCUCCGCCCUCGAAGGGGAUUUCAGUUUGGCACGGACUGGAACAGAAACCAUGAAUCAGGUCUGUCUAUGAUUUGGCAUCCGAAGGGCUGCCAGCGCCGGGCGCGUUCAUUUAAUGGGUGGCUGGGAGUUCGACCAGCCACCCCAAAUUCGUUCCGCCAGGAAUGGCUCGAGGGGUUGGCUCGAUCAAGAUGUCAUGAUGGAAUGUGAAUAUGUUUCUGAAGAUAAAUCUAUGGAGUAUGCGGUACCUUGGCACACUUAUUAUCUUCUAGGUGCAGGUGCCCAUCGUGGACUCUCCUUGUUGAGGUUUCAGUGCAGAACACAAGUUCGAAACGAGACAGUACUCUUCACAUAUUUAGCCUUUGUCUCCUGUCGUCACUCAUUAUGCGGCUUCAAAGUUUGAUUGCCGUCGCCCUAAGUCUCGGUUUCACUCUCUUCGCAGUCUCGCUUCCGCUAUCGCCCAAGCGAUCUAUUCAUUCCCCCAAUGAGCGAAGACCAGUCACAUAUUCAGUGGUUCAAGUGGACGGUGGCUCGACCACAACUGAUAGUGGCUCUCCGAAUGUCAUUACGGUGCCUAUACCGGCCCCUCCCGUUACGGAGACCCUAAUCUCCACCGUGACCAUACAUCCAUCGUCGUCGAGUGGUGUAACGAUGACGAGAUCCUCCAGCCUCUCCACAGCUACGAAGACAACGUCGAAAGCAGAGCCGACAACCCCAAAGAGCCCAACGAUAACAGAGACGGCCUCCUCGUCAACCCCAAAUAGCACCUCUUCACCAAAGGUGACACCUUCAUGUCCUACCACGGAGAUAGGCACAAUCUCGUCAACAGUUCCUGUCUACCCAUCUUCAUCGCUGCCGCACCCAUCAGGCUCCCCGGCCACAUCGACCUGUUACUCUAGUCUAACGUUCCACCUUCCAAUGCUUACACCUCUUCCUUCGAUAUGAAUAUGUUACUGGCGACCAAUAUGGAUGUUUGCUAGACAUGAACGAUGUUUUUAUGUUUCUUUGUUAAAUAUUGGUAGGUUUGUGGAUAAGUGAGUUGUAUAAUAUGGGAAACAUCAAUAGUGAGUUAGGCGUUUUAGAUGGGUAGGAUGGGCAUUGGAAACAUGAUUUAUGAUUUGUGAUUAGCAUAUGAAUCGGCAGCUCAACCAAUACCAUAGAGUACAGGUGCUAUGUCCGAACUAAAUCUACAUGCUGUUGAUGUCUCUUGAAUCUGCUUUGUUAGUUGAUACUAUGAUACCGAUCUUUGAUUCAUUAUACAAGGUCUGAAUGAGAAUUUUGUUAAAUAGCUGUUUUCCAUAGUGACAGAACAACAACUGCCAUCUGUGUCUCCUG